UCUUUGCUAUAAAUGGUGGGAGGUCGUUAUCUCUCCCGUCUUCCUCUCUCCCUCUCUCUCUCUCUCCUUUCUGUAGCCAUCUCCUCGGGCUGACGGACGGCUCUUCGUCUCCACGAGGAGAGUCGCAGAGAGGGAGAGCAACGAGGCAUCCGAGUUCUCUCUCCCUCUCUCUCUUAGAAACGUAUAUCUUAUUUGGUUUUCUUAGAUUUUAUUUUUUUAAGUAUAAUUCUUAUGAGCAUUGCUCUGGACAUGGAUCAUUCAUCACCUGCUUGUCCGUAGCUUUGAUCCGGACGUAGUCCAACAAUCCACAGGAAGAGAACUAUGAUGAGGAUUCUUGCACUUGAGAACAUCUUCAUGGAUUGUUUCUGAAAAAAAAAAGAAAAAAAGAAAAGAAAGUUAAAGAAAAAAAAGAAUCUUUAUCGGCAACCGUUCCAUCACACAGGGUAAGGCUCUGCAAAGCUAAGCAAUCAUCAUGGGUGCCUGUGUUUCCAAAUCACAGAGUAAGCCUAGAACACGGAAGUACCCUCCCAAAUCCAGAAAAUAUCGUGGAAGGAUAUCUGCUUCAGGUCCUGAUGCACCCAAAUCCCAGAUUGGUGAUGGAAAUUCCUUGGCAGAUUUUGCUCUUAGUGAGUUUGUUCGCAUGGAGACUGCCACAGCGACUCAUCGAAAAUCUGAGGUUUCCAACUUGACAUUCCAUCUUACUCAGAUGCAAUGGCACCAUAGUCAGAUGGAUGCAAAGGGGUUAUGUCAAGAGGAUGCAUGGUUCGACUCUGUCAGUAUUUUAGAAUCUGAUGAUGAUGAUGAUUUCAGAAGUGUCCAUGGAGACUGUUUUCCAUCUGCAAAUGCAACUGGGACUCAAAAGCUGCAGUAUGAAAAUGCCUUUGUGGAUGCCAUGACUAAGUUUGAGGAGUUUUGUGGUAGCAAUCCAAUAGCACAGGCUGUUGAACGAUAUUUGAAAAGAGAUGGAGGAAAAACUGGCAAAGAUGAAUUUAAAGAUCUUGAUAGAUUUGCAAUGAUAAGCCCACAUCGUUACAAGCUUUCUACGGAAAUGUUUGAUGGAGCCAGAUUCAGAAUGCAAGGAGGAGAGUUUUGCACUAAAAUGAAAAAGACUUUGUUAAACUCAUAUGAUAGCUUUAAAGGUUCUAAAGGACAUGAGACAGAAGAAAAAUGUCAUGAGAGCAAGACGCCAUCUCGUGUACGCAGGCUUGUUCCUUCUGUAAGCUUUAAUGAUAAGAUGCAAAUGCCAAGUGCUAGCCCACAAUGUCAAAAAAGGAAGACCGCAGUUUUAAGGCUUUCUUAUAAGAGGAAGUCUUAUGAUGGAGAAGAUGCAACUGAAUUUUGUGCCUCGAAGAGAUUAUUAUUCCAUCCAAGAGGAGGGCUCAUAAUUCCAUGUUCCACAAUGGAGAAACCAACAGCAGGAUGCUGGUCUCUUCUUGAUCCUUCUACUUUUAACCUUCGUGGAGAAACCUAUUUCAGAGAUAAGAAGAAAUGUCCUGCUCCAAACUAUGCCCCAUACUAUCCAAUUGGUGUAGAUAUGUUUGUAUGCCCACGCAAAGUAAAUCACAUUGCUCAGCACAUCGAGCUUCCGCAUGUCAAGUCUCAUGACAGACUUCCCUCACUUCUGAUUGUUAAUAUUCAGAUGCCUACUUAUCCUGCUGCAAUGUUUCUUGGGGAUAGUGAUGGGGAAGGAAUGAGCCUUGUAUUAUAUUUUAAAAUUUCUGAAUGUUAUGACAAAGAGGUUUCUUCCAAUUUCCAGGAUUGCAUAAGAAGGUUUAUUGAUGAUGAAACUGAAAGGAUUAAAGGAUUUGCAGUGGAUUCCCAAGUUUCUUAUAGAGAAAGGUUGAAAAUAUUGGCUGGGUUGGUUAAUCCUGAGGAUCUCCAUUUAAGUUCUGCGGAAAGGAAGCUCGUACAAGCAUAUAAUGAAAAGCCAGUGCUUUCACGCCCUCAACACAAUUUCUAUCAGGGUCCAAAUUACUUUGAGAUUGACUUGGAUAUACAUCGCUUCAGCUACAUAUCAAGAAAGGGCCUGGAAUCAUUCAGAGACCGUCUGAAGAAUGGGAUUCUUGAUUUGGGUCUAACCAUCCAGGCCCAGAAGCAGGAGGAACUUCCAGAACAGGUCCUGUGCUGUGUGAGACUGAACAAGGUUGAUUUCAUGGAUCAUGGGCAGUUCCCAACUCUUCUGACAGUUGAUGAUGAUUGAUGCAUGAGAGCAGUAUUGUUGCUCAACCCUCUGUACCCAAUCCAUGGGCUGGAAGGAAGAAAAGGACACUGAUGCUAAACCCUUUAUGUAAACACUGCAAUCCUAUUAAUAAUUUGUCUGUCUAUCUCAGUAUAUACUCUUAAGUAAUUCAACUCCAAUAUGAUGAUAAAGCCUUGCAUAUGAUACUACUUUAGUUACAAA